AUGGCCAUGGCGACAUGGGGAGGUGAGCAUCGUUCACUUGUGAGACAAGCUCUUGCCACACAAAGUGUUUUGGCAAUGGCUGUUCGCCAACAUGGACUCUCGGAAAGUCCUCAGGCCCCGUCACCUCUGACUUGGGAAGAAUGGGCGGGAACGGAGAGUGCCCGCCGCACCAAAUUGAUUAUCUUCUCUUUUUUUAAUCUUCAUACCCUUGCGUUCAAUGUUCCAUGUCCACUCCUAAUCGCGGAUAUUCAACUGCGAAUGCCGUGUCCUGAAAUGGAAUGGAAGUCCACCGAUGCUAUAAGUUGGCGGAGAAUCCACCAGGAUACAAAUGAGUCCCCUCUUUUCCAAGAUUGCAUUAACGCAUUGCUUAGCAACAACGGAGUUUUGCCCGUCUUUUCGUCACUUGGCGCGCAUGUGCUCAUCCAUGCCUUACUUCAACGCAUUAUUACCAUCCAACAAGCAGUCAAAUUGGUGGGCCCUGAAAGCCAGAUGACUUCUGAGCUCACGUUAAGCUUGAAGCAAGCUUUGAAAAAAUGGCAAAACGGAUGGGAGCAAAAUCCAGAGUCAUCAUACAGCCCGCUCGAUCAAUAUGGCCCAAUUGCCUUUAAUUCAAGAGUAAGCCAGUACCCCGAAGAACUAAGCCUGAAGAUGAGGGCCCUAUAUCAUUUAGCAUAUAUCCGCCUAUCGAUCGACAUUGGAUCAGCUAGCUCUCUUUUAGAAAAAACUCCCGAUGAAAUUGCAAAGAACUUGCACGAUAGUCCGAGGCUUCAAAAAAGCCCGCACCUACUUCUCGCUGCAAAACAUGCGGUAUGUUGGCUUUCCCCGACAUCCUACCAUAUUAUUUCAAAUUUUGCAACUGACUUACUAAAUCAUCUGAAGACCGCUGCGUUAUGUUCGCCUGUGCAAAUGGGGGUGCACUUUGUUGGCCGCGCACCUAGUUGGUCAGUUAUGCAUGCUGUGUGCUCCCUUGAGUAUGCGUAUGCAUUGAAUCGUUUUCUUGAGGCGUAUGUACUGUCUCCAGGAAUUCUGCAGCAUGAUGAGCAGGCAUUGAUCGAUACGAUAAAAGAGACCUUGUAUGAAGUGGAAACAGCACUGCCGGAUGGCAAUCUUAAGAUCAUUGAGACAGAACCCCGAGCCCUUGGUCCUAAAGCGGUAAGAGCCUGGGCAAUGAUCCUCCAAGGGAUGCAGACCUGGAAUGCUGUCAGUCUUAUUACAAAGUGUUUAUUUGCAUACGCAGACCUGUUAGAGCAAGUGUCCUUCCAAAACACAACUAGGGAUUUGUAA